AUGGCUGGUAACACAGUGAAAACAGUGUGGGAUGAGAUCCAUGACCAGAUCCUGGAAUCCGGGGUGAAAAUAUCAGAUUCUUUCAAAAAGAGUGUCGAAGAAUUAUCGAGGAUUGUCGAGGGAAUUCACGCACUCGUUUGCGCCUACGCAGGCCGUGGAUUCUUCCGAAGAUUCUUCUGCUCCGAGAGCGAUCUGGGGUGCAUCGCAGAAUUUCAGCAGCAGCUGGACCAAGCCAAAAGGAAUUUUGAGCUGGUUACAAUAAUUAACGUCCGAGCCACAGUUGAGCGUAUUGAACAAAAUCAACGUCAUAUUGGAGGGGCAGGCUCACCGACUGCAUCAACCGUGACCAUGAGCAAUACUGGGGGAGGCGUGUUCAAUAAUGUCGUCGGAAACCAAUACAAUGAUCUCGCUACAACGACCACGGGAGGGCGACAGUGGCCCAUCGCUUUCAGAGCGUCGCAGAACAAAAACACAUGGGGCGAUACAUACGCCGCGGAGUGGCAUCAGCGAAGCGAGAUCAUGGCCUCGAGGCUGCGCCAUCCAGGGACUGAUCUUUGUGCAUCGCAAGCUAAACACCCUCGCCAUAGGAUGCGGAGACAAGUGAUGAACCAGCAGUUGAUCUAG